CUGCAGCGACGUUUCAUAGCACCGAAGAGCAAAAUCGGAUAAACAUACAAAGCCAACUGAAUAUAAAGCUACAUUUAAACAUACUUAAUCCGGUUGGACAAACGUUGUUAUAUCUACAAGAGCUGUGCGUGGACGGUGUCUGUGGAUGGCGAAAUUGCCUCGGUGCGAUGACCGACCAGGGCAACAACAACCAGAACAUCUCCCGAAACCCCUUUGCUGCCCUCUUCAGCUCCCUGGCUGAUGCCAAGCAGUUUGCAUCUGGCCAGAAGCAGCAGCAGCAGCCAGCACCCCCAUCGGAUGACUCUGGGGACAGCCAAUCAGACUCAGAGAAUUCGGUGUCUGACAGCAUUGAUGACAACGAUGACUCAGUGGCUGAGAUCAGCCGGUCUUUCCGCUCCCGCCAGGAGCUGUGUGAGCAGCUCAACAUAAACCACAUGAUCCAAAGAAUCUUCCUCAUCACGCUAGACAACAGUGACCCCAGUCUGAAAAGUGGUAAUGGCAUUCCGCCCCGCUGUGUGUUCCUGGAGGAGAUGGCAGCUGACCUGGAUGGACAGGACUGGCUCGACAUGGAUAACAUCGAGCAGGCCUUGUUUAACAGGUUGCUGUUGCUGGAACCUGGGAAUCAGCUGAUCUACAUGACGUCGUGCAGCGUGGCGAAUCUUUCUGCCGACCGUGACGCGGGAGAGAAGCGAGCCAUGCCGUAUCUGUAUGCCUGCUACCAGAGAGCCAAGGAGGAGGUCACCAAAGUGCCGGAGAAGCUGUUGUCCUAUGCGGUGCGCUGUAAGAACCUGACCGUGUCCAACGCACGCACCGUGCUGCUCACCCCUGAGAUCUAUGUCAGCCAGAACGUGUACGAGGAGCUGCUGGACCUGCUGCUGGAGGGUGUGAGCGGAGCCCAGCUGGAGGAAGUGCUGGAGUUUGUGGAAGAGGUGAUCGCCGCCCUGCUGGCGGAUCAGGAGGUGCGCACCUUUGGGGAGGUGAUGGUGCCGGUGCUGGACAUAUUCGUGGGCCGGGUGAAGGACCUGGAUCUGUGCCAGCUGCUGCUGUACUCCUACCUGGACAUUUUGCUUUACUUCAGCCGGCAGAAGGACAUUGCCAAGGUGUUGGUUGAGCACAUCCAGCCAAAAGACCCCAACAAUGGGCUGCAGUACCAGAAGACCCUGCUGGGGGCAGUGUUGAACAUGUCCUGCCUGCUGAAGACCCCUGGCGUAGUGGAGAACCACGGCUUCUUCCUCAACCCAUCCCGCUCCAGUCCGCAGGAGAUGAAGGUCCAGGAGUCCAAUAUUCACCAGUUCAUGGGUCAGUACCAUGACAAGCUGCACCAGAUCCUGAAGAACCUUCUUCAGCAGUCGGGUGACACACGCCACCUGCUCCUCACCUGGCUGGGCGGUUGCCUGCAGGCCAACGCCGGCCGCGCCAAGAUCUGGGCCAAUCAGAUGCCGGAGAUCUUCAUCCAGACAUAUGCGUCGGACGCGCUCUUCCUCAACCUGGGCGCGGCUCUGCUGAAGCUGUGCCAGCCCUUCUGCCGCCCGCGCUCCCCGAAGCUGCUGACCUUUAACCCCACCUACUGCGCCCUCAAAGAGCUGAGCGAGGAGGAGCGGCGCAACCGCAACGUGCAUGCCCGCGGGCUGGACAAAGAGACGUGUCUGAUUCCAGCACCUCCUCAGCAGCCUGUAGAGUUCGCCCAGUCCUACAGUCUCCUCACUGAAAACCUGAUCCUCACACAGCUGGCCCUCCACCUAGGUUUCCACAGGCUUCAUGAUCAGAUGGUGAAGAUGAACCAGUCGCUGCACCGGCUGCAGGUGACGUGGCGGGAGGCGCAGCAUGCGGGGGGGGCAGCGGCGGAGCAGCUGCGUGAGCAAUUCGAGCGCCUCAUGACUGUGUACCUCUCCACCAAAGCAGCUGCGACCCAGCCAGGCAUGCUGCAGUGCUGCCUCAAUCUGCAGGCCUCUACCGCCGCCCUGCUGGUGCAGCUCAGCCUCGGCAACCAGGGUCCCGAGCACAUGCAGCUGUCCUUCCCUCUGCCCCCCCUACAGCACAGUCUGCUGUGCUACGUACCAGAGUUCUUUGCAGAAAACAUGGGCGAUUCCUUCGUUUUCCUGCGCCGCUUUGCUGAUGAGGUCCUGGAGUCCUCAGCUGAGAGUCUGGAGCAGGUGCUGAACUUCAUCACGGUUUUCAUGGGGAACGUGGAGAGGAUGAAGAACCCUCAUUUGAGAGCCAAGCUGGCAGAGGUGCUGGAGGCUGUGAUGCCCCACCUGGAGCCGGUGGCACCUGGCGUAGCCCCGCCCACCAUGUUCCAGCGCCAGCGGGUGUUCUGCUCCUACCGCCAUGCCCCGCACCUGGCCGAGGCCCUGAUCACUGUGUUUGUGGACAUUGAGUUCACUGGUGAUCCUCACCAGUUUGAGCAGAAGUUUAACUACCGACGGCCCAUGUACCCCAUCCUAAAAUACAUGUGGGGCAAGGACAGCUACAGAGAGAGCAUCAAGCGUCUGGCUGACUACGCCUCAGAGAAUCUGGAGGCCAUGAACCCCCCACUCUUCCUGAGAUUCUUGAACCUGCUCAUGAACGAUGCCAUAUUCCUGCUGGAUGAAGCCAUACAGUACCUGAGUAAGAUCAAGCUACUGCAGUUGGAGCGGGACCGCGGGGAGUGGGAGGGGCUUGCCCCUGACGCUCGCCGAGAGAAGGAGUCCAGCCUGCAGAUGUUCGGCCAGCUGGGGCGCUUCCACAACAUCAUGUCUAACGAGACCAUCGGCACCCUGGCCUUCCUCACGUCAGAGAUCAAGAGCCUGUUCGUCCAUCCUUUCUUGGCGGAGAGAAUCAUCUCCAUGCUCAACUACUUCCUGCAGCACCUGGUGGGGCCCAAGAUGGGCGCCCUGAAAGUGAAGGACUUCAGCGAGUUUGACUUCAAGCCCCAGCAGCUGGUGUCAGAUAUCUGCACCAUCUACCUCAACCUGGGCGAUGAGGAAAACUUCUGCGCGACGGUUCCCAAAGACGGGCGCUCCUACUCGCCCACACUCUUCUCCCAGACUGUGAGAGUACUGAAGAAGAUCAACACCCCGGGCGACAUGAUCGUGUCCUUCAGCCUGCUGGCAGACAAGAUCAAGUCGCUGGCGGACCAGCAGCAGCAGGAGGAGGAGACGUAUUCGGACGCCCCGGACCACUUCCUGGACCCGAUAAUGUCCACCCUGAUGCUGGACCCUGUGCUGCUGCCUUCCUCCCACGUCACUGUGGAUCGCUCCACCAUCGCGCGACACCUGCUCAGCGAUCAGACGGAUCCGUUCAACCGCAGCCCCCUCACCAUGGACCAGAUCCGGCCGAACGAGGAGCUGAAGCAGGAGAUCCUGCUCUGGCUGGCAGAACGCAAGCAGGAGAGGCUGCAGAUGGGUCCCAGCGGGUGAAACCCCGCGCCCAUCCACCCCCCACACUGCCCCACACCCCC